AAUUGGAUGAAUGACCGAGGUUCAAAAGCUCGAAACUUGGGUAGAUGUGUGAGCGCGUGAGAACCCUUGAGGUUGAUAAUUCAAACGUUUUGGAAUAUAAAUAUAGGUUAAAUCAAUCUCUCUUUUCGCCAUCACCUUUACAAAUAAAUAAAGGUAGCCGAAGCAUAGAAAGAAAAGAAAGACACAAAAAGGAAGAAGGGAAAAUGGCCAAAGCAAAAGUCUUCUUCUUCAUCAUCUUGGUGGCUGUAGCUUUCUUAGAUCUGCUUUGUUUAUCAAUAGUAAGAAGCGAUGCCGCAGGUUCAUCCGUUAAGUUUCUUCCGGGAUUCGACGGCCCUCUGCCGUUCCAACUUGAAACCGGGUAUAUUGGUGUGGGAGAGUCUGAAGACGUACAACUCUUUUACUAUUUCGUCAAGUCAGAGUCCGACCCUAAAUUCGACCCUCUCUUUCUUUGGCUCAACGGGGGACCUGGUUGCUCCGCCCUUUCUGGCCUAAUCUAUGAGAUCGGUCCCAUGACAUUUGCACCGCUGGAGUAUAAUGGAAGCCUCCCCACAUUGAUUUCACACCCAUAUUCCUGGACAAAGGUGGCAAACAUAGUUUUUCUGGACUUACCGGUAGGUACAGGAUUCUCUUAUGCAACCACGGAAACUGCUCAUCAGUCAAAUCCUUCUAAGGCUUGCCAACACGCACAUGAAUUUCUCCUAAAGUGGCUAAAUGAUCAUCAAGAGUUUAUUUCUAAUCCGUUCUAUGUUGCGGGUGACUCCUAUUCAGGCCAACUUAUUCCUAUCAUCGGUCAAAUUAUCUCACAAGGGAACGAAUAUGGAAUUAGUCCCCAAAUCAAUAUGAAGGGCUAUAUACUUGGUAAUCCAUUAACGUUUCCGCUAGAAGCUAAUUACAAGUUCCCAUUCGCACAUGGAAUGGGGCUUAUUUCUGACGAGCUUUUCACGUCACUGGAGAAGAAUUGUGAGGGAGAAUCAUAUUUAAACAUAAACCCAGAAAACGUGAAGUGUUACAACAAUUAUGAAAGAUUCAACCAGUUGACUACCAAAGUAAAUGAGGAUCAGAUCUUAGAGGCUCAAUGCAAAGAAAGCAAUUUGUUGAUGCCCAUCCAAAAGGAGUUUGGCCGAUCAAGGUUACUCGUUGAGAAGUCUAAAAAUAUCAUCGGUCUUGAUGCACUUCCUUUGGUGAAAUGUCGGUCCGAUUGGUAUAUUUUGUCCAAGUAUUGGGCUAAUGACGAAAGCGUUAGAGAUGCACUCCAUGUAAGAAAGGGUUCUCUUCAGGAGUGGAGUAGAUGCAACAAAGAUUUGGAUUAUGUAUUCACAAGAGAUGACGUGAUUCCAUAUCAUCUAAACCUUAGCAUUAAAGGCUAUAGAUCACUUGUUUACAGCGGAGAUCAUGACUUUGUCAUACCCUUCCUUUCAACACAAGCAUGGAUACGAUCUCUAAACUAUUCUAUUAUUGAUGAGUGGCGACCAUGGAUGGUUGAUGACCAAAUUGCAGGGUACACAAGAAGCUAUUCAAAUAAAAUGACAUUUGCAACAGUAAAGGGAGGUGGCCAUACUGCACCUGAGUAUAAACCCAAUGAGUGUCUCAAAAUGUUGAGAAGGGUUUGUAGCGGUUUUAAUGUAGUUUCUGAAUAUGUAAAUUUUAUUUUCUAAAACUAGUUUGAGUGUUGACAGGGAUCAAUUUACUUUCUCGUCAAUCAAACAUCGUAAACCGUAAAAUGUCUUACAAAUUGAGUCGGAAGGAGUAUAUGGUACAUAAUCAUGUAACAUAUGAGACUCUAUCGAGUACAUUAAAGUAUAUCAUCAAAUAAAAUCGAUGUUUGGCCUAAAUCCCAGCAAGAUACAAAGUUGUCUUUCCCCCUUCUUUAUUUGUUUUCUUCUAUGGUGAAAGCUACUAAAGACCACUAGCUAUAGCCGAAGCAAACAAAAGCUCCAUAACAGGGAAGAGGAAACUUGUAGUUGAUGAGAGCUUUGAAUUUGAAGUACCUCAAGCCUGGUUGGAAUCAUCCCAAGAUAUUCCAACCACAUCUCAAAAAAAUAGGCUGGGGAAAAACACCCAAGUUAUUAACUCAAUUCCUGAUCCAUAUUAUUUGUAUAACAACUGUCAUAUAUGUGCUUUGUAUAUAAUAAUCCUAAAAGGUCGCAAUAUUUAAGUAUGAAAAUUAUUGUUUUAGGAAAUGUAAUAUAAAUAAAUAAGAUAGGCUCACCUUGUUCAACAAUUUCCUGUCUUCUAAACUUUUGACAACAAAAUUUUAUAUCAAAUGUUUAGUAAAAAACAAACAAGUUUCUUCUAAUAUUCGGUUUGGCUUCAACUAAAAAUCCAUUCAACCUAGUCUAAUUAGAUACACAUACAAUCAUGAAAUUUUAUUAAAUCUUAUUUGAUUAGUUUUUGGUCACCCUAGAUUCUUGCACAAUGUAUAAAUAGCGAGAAGUGAUACUUUAGGUAAAUAUGGCGAAAUAGUUAAGUAAUUGAUUUGUAAUACAUUCACCAUAUUUAACU